AUUCACACGUCACAGGCUGUGGAACCAAAUGUUUUGUCCCGCAGCAGCAUUCCAGAUUUUUUUUUCUUCUCAACAAGUGGUUCUCGCACAUUUCGAACAGCGUAAAAUUAUCCAUUCAACAAGGCUUUCAUGUGGAGUGCAAACCAUGCCGUAAGGCACGGUCCGUCCGAAACGGAUGGAAACUGUACAACAACUUUAUCUACCACCCCACCAGCUUACUUUGCCAAACAAGUGCGUUCUCAAUUAGAGCACGAAAAAUUAAUCCAAUCCAACCAGCUUGGUUGUAUGCCUGCGUACCAGCGAAAAUGUAAAGUGAAACACCAGCGGGCAACAAACAAAGUGAAAGGAAAUUUGUUGGAAAAUUUGCAUCGAAAAUCACUCGUGGUGGUGGAGCGCGAUGGGUUCGAUUGAAGUGGUUCGGAGCGGAGCCACGUGAAGGACUUGUGCCGUACAACAAUGAGCAAAAAGUGAAGUGAUUUCUCAGUGUGGAAAUAAUACGAUUUUCCUACAGCGAAGGAAAGUGAACAUAGACACACAUACGCAGCCGGUAGCAUCGGAUACACUAGCUCCCAAAUUCGUUACAGCAACUAAAAUAGUCAAUUUUUUUUGUGUUGUGGCGCGGUUUCACCUUUCCACACCGGUUCCAACCAUGGAUGAAGUGCAUGAAAAGAUGGAGAAUUUUUUAAUUAAUUCCGACUCGAGUGGCAUCGAGUUGGGCGAGUUUCUAACGAAGCGGUUCCCCACAUCCGCCGCAACCUAUCUCGCCCUGCUUCCUCCCGGCAGCGCCCACCGUAUACGCCAACGUUUGACCAACCCAUGGAAAUUGGUACCGACGGUGGUGCUGUUGGUGCUUGCGCUACUUCUCCUGGGCGGACGACGGUGGCCACUGCAGCUGGCAACGUUGUUUGCAAAUGAAGAUUGCAUUCUUACCAUGCCGGCACAGCUGCAGAAAGCUUUUCGACCCCCGGAGAGCUGUGGCUUCUGUCGAACGGUUCACGGAACUGUUCCACGGCUGUCGAACGUUAGUCCGGCUGAGUUCGCCCGUGACUACGCAUACCGCGGUGGACCGGUGAUUGUGACCGAUGCAACUGUAAACUGGACCGCAGUGGAGAGUUUCGACUUUUGGUUCUUCAAACGUGUGUAUGAAACACAUGGCAGUGGGCCGAGAGCGGAACGCUGUCAGUUCUUCCCAUACCAGACCGGAUUUCGCGACAUACGAGAAGCGUUUUCAUUGCCCGAAUCACGCGUCCGAUACGACCCGGGAACAGAACCGUGGUACUUUGGUUGGAGCAAUUGUGAUCCAGCGAUCGUGAAUGUGCUGCGGAAGCAUUACCAGCGUCCCUACUUUCUGCCAGCCGACUCGGAGAACAGUGCCAUCGAUUGGGUGUUUAUGGGUGGGCCUGGUCUUGGGGCACACAUGCACGUGGACAAUGUGCGACUUCCUUCGUGGCAGUCGCAGCUAAAAGGAGCCAAAGAAUGGAUACUUGCACCUCCACCCGAGUGUUUGUAUCAAUGCGAAUUCCUCUCGGUCGUAGUACAAACUGGAGAAACAAUUGUGCUGGAUACUAAUAAAUGGUACCACAAAACAAAUGUACUCCCCGGUCCCAUCAGCAUCACAGUGGGAGCUGAAUACGACUAAAAGCCCCAUUCGCCACUUACCUCGAUAUGAUCGUCGUCCCCGGCGGAAACUCCACAAUGUCCUCCCGAAUUUC